AUGAAAAGUAACUUUGGAAGUUUGGGUCCUGUGAAGGGAAAUUAUGACAACUCCAAGAAUGGAGAGAAACCUGGAGAAGUUGCCACUGUGGGCAAGUUGCAAACCAAGGCAACUAAACGACGGAGAGUAUCAUUACUUCCGCAGCAGGCCGGCGCGGGGCCUAUGUACGAACGGCUGCUGGGGGCCCUUGGCGUCGUCCUCGCCACCGUUGCCCACCGCCCCGCGCCGCCCAAAGGCCUCGUCGCAGUCCAAGAGGCCACCCCCGAGGUAUCAAAUUGGGGCUCCCCACCAGCAGAACAAUCUCUGGAACAGGACGGAGAGGUGAAACAAGCUGUUGCAGUUGCAGGGGAACAGCGUGGAGCUCUGAUCGCAGAAGGUGUGUUAUGCCAAGUACGUCUGGCACCCGCCCAGGCCAAAAAGUCACCCGUCCUUGCCGUGAAAGGAAAGAAAGUCAUAAGGCUGAGAAGAAUAGGAAAAGACUUUACUCCACUCACAGAGGCCAUGGAGAGAGAGGUCGUUGCCGCAUUAGGCAAAGGUGAGCCAGAGGAGAUCAUGAGCAGUGCCUUCAACCUAAAGGUGACUCGUGAGGACGUCCACACCCUAAGGAACGGUUGCUGGCUAAAUGAUGAGGUCAUUAAUUUCUACAUGGGUCUUGUGAUGGAGAGAAGUAAGAAGGCAGGAUAUCCAUCAGUCCACGCUUUUAGUUCCUUGUUUUAUGAAAAACUAGCUUCUGGGGGCUACAGGACAGUAAGAAGACUGACCCGACGCGUGGAUGUCUUCCAGAAGGACAUCAUCUUCGUGCCCAUUAACUUGAGCUUGCACUGGGCACUAGCGGUCAUAGACACCAGAAAGAAGACCGUCAAAUACUUUGACUCCCUGGGGCAAGAAGGAGGGGACAAGAUUUGUGAGACUUUGCUCAAAUACCUGCAAGAGGAGAGCCGUGAAAAAAGACACGUGAAGCUGAAUGUUUCAGAGUGGACUGUUCACAGCAUGGAGCCACACGAAAUCCCUCAGCAAUCAAACGGAAGCGACUGCGGCGUUUUCACCUGCAAAUACGCAGAUUACAUCUCGAGAGAGAAACCGCUGACCUUUACACAGAUCCACAUGCCUUAUUUCCGCGAGAGGAUGGUCUGGGAAAUACUCCAUCAAGAGCUGCUGUGA